CUCCCCGCUAGCAUCAUGGUUUCGUUCCUUGGUGAUAUUGGGCUCGAUCUCGCGCCGCUAUGGCAAGGUACGAUAGGUUGGCUGGGGUGCUCUCCCACAUUGUCACAAAUUCCCAGGGCCGGCAAGCCAACAGGUGCCGUCCCGGACACCGCUCGGAGGUCACUCCCGAGCGGGCAGGAGCCCAGACCGCCCCCGCUUCUGGCCAUCCAGGUCCCCCGCAGCGAGCGCGCCGGCCACCUGCUGUGUCGAGACAAGACCGUGCUGGGCGCCAAGACCCGGGGGGCCGUAUUCACUGCAGAGACCCCAUGUUCUGGUAG